UUUACAUCACGGUCUCGUUGGGAGAGACGGUUCUUAGUCUGUUAUUCCCUUCGGACUGGUCGAUAGCUAAGGCCAGAAGGUCUGAUCACCUGUAGUGUCCUGUUGCAGGUGUAGUGCGUGAAGUAAGGCGCGACAAGAGUUGUAGGAGUUGAGUUGGUGUCAGCCAUGAGUGUGGGGGCAACAACCUGCACUCUGGCCCUAACUCUUCGCCUGCGGACAGGCCCACCUGACAAGCGGACUUAGCAACGCCGUUCCAAAAUAGAGGUGUGUGCAUGUGCAAGAGUGACGACGCUCCUACACUCCUAAUUCGCGCCCAUGACCGUCAGGCCAGACCUCUCUCUUCUCAGUUGGAAUUUUGAUGAAUUUUGAGAGGCUCUGGCUGUGUGUGUAAACAAAUCCCAAGUGCUGACCAGAAGUGCGCGGGUAUACCAGAAAUAAAAAAAAACUCAGUUCAUUCUACAUUGUUAGUGAUUUUUGUUGUUACAUAGUGAAUGUGGGCGCGAGGAACACUUAUAACUGUUGUUAGUGAGUGAGCCAAACGCCUUCAAAGUGUCUCAAGGUGAGUGGUCGCUCCAAGACUCCCUUGCAACAACAACAACACUCACCACUCAAAUCAGAUCUUAGUUGGUGCCGUCAAACAGUCGAAUGGAUGACAUCUCUUGGGUCUCCAAUGGCAGGGUGAGAGUGCUGGAGUGCCUGGCGCCCUGGCUGUGCAUUAGCGCGGCUCGCCCGGUGGGCUCCGUGGGGUCGGGGGCUGCGCGCCACAACCAGCAGGAGGGACAGCAGCAGCAACAGCAGCCAGGGGAGCCCGCAGCUGGCUGGCUCCGCGACACCAGGACCACGCCCCCCGACAGAUCCCGCCCACACUCGGCCCCAGUGCCGAUCACCACCACAAUGGUCAAGACCUUCCAGGCUUACCUGCCGUCGUGCCAUCGUACCUACUCGUGCAUCCACUGUCGGGCGCACCUGGCCAACCACGACGAGCUCAUAUCCAAGUCAUUUCAAGGAAGUCAAGGCCGGGCCUACCUAUUUAAUUCUGUGGUGAACGUGGGGUGUGGACCUGCUGAGGAGCGGGUGCUCUUAACAGGCCUUCAUGCUGUUGCUGACAUAUACUGUGAAUGCUGCAAAACAACGCUUGGCUGGAAAUAUGAACAUGCCUUUGAAUCCAGUCAGAAGUACAAGGAGGGCAAGUAUAUCAUCGAGCUCGCACAUAUGAUUAAAGACAAUGGGUGGGACUGAGAGUGGGCCCCCUGUGGCCGCAAGAGCCUCGGUGUGCAGCUGUGACCUCCCAAUGACUGCCAGACCUUCACUCCUCAUCAUCAAACCUAGAACGUUUCAUCUCUUACUAGGAUGACUCACCGCUUACCUAGGAUGGAGGUGGAAAGUGUAGGCUGGACCCAUUGAUGAUAUCUGCUGCUUCCUUGUUAGUGUUAGGUUGACCAGCUGUGCACGACUUACUUUUGAGCAGUGAUCUCAGCCAGUGCGUGAUGCCAGGGUGUGCUGCAGUAAGAAACAUUAGACAACAAGCAAAUUUAUUACAGUUACAAAUUACAGAAAAAGACUACUGUACACUAUAGUGAUUAUGGUGAUACUAUACAAGGAUUAACUUAACCUGAAUUUGUUCGCAUUAAUUUGUGUAAAUAAUGAUGAAUUAGUGGCAAAAAUACAUGAGUGAGUGUUAAAAGUGGAUGGUAGAGAGGAGCAGCACACCCUGAGAGCAACUGGCCAUCAUCACCAGCAUCACAAUCAUCCUACUUUCACAUCAUUCUUGACUGUCCCAACCAGCCAGUCAUCAGUCAGCCAGCUAGCUCUCGUCCAGUCUCAUGGCCUGUCUGUGAUGGGCUUUGCCCGUAAGCAAAUUUCAAUUUGUUGUGUAGUAAGUGUAAAACUAAUCAUCCCACCCAGCCACUUGCAAGCCAGUUUGACACAUUGUUGUAUUUUGAACUCACUUAGUGUGGGAAGUUAUUAUUAUUAUUUUUUAUUUUAUUUUUUUAUUUUUUUUUAGUAUAUAUUAUCUACCAUCAUUUGUUAAGGGACCAUAGUGUGAUUUGAUCUGCUGCGGCAGAAUCAUGAUAACACGGAGAGAAUACAGCAUUGCCCAGAGCUCAGUCAAGACAGAGACUUUAGUAGCCGUGCAUUUUCCAUGUGUGACUUUUAGAUAAAUAAUGGGAUUCAAGACACCUGUACCUUCAUUAUCAUCAUAACAAAAGGACUAUUUGUUAUUAAAGAAUAUUGUGCAAGAAAAAAGCUGUUAAUGGCAUUUGAUGCUUGACCCAUAUUUUGGAGCACAUAGAAUAAUCAUACUUCUCAUUUGUCUCGUCCAUAUUGCGUUUGCACAGGUCAUGUGCAGGGAGUGAUGAUGGUGUUCCCACUGUGAUCUUGUGCAUCUUGGAAGCCUGAGCAGUGCAGGCAACCUGUGAUGAUGUGUCUUACUCAAUGCCACACUGUGUGAUUGGACAAUAUUUUAACUCAUUUUCACUUGUUCUGUACUGUGUAUUAUAUCCUAAGAUUUGGUGUUCCCAACAACUGGACAAGAUAGAUGAUUGUGCUGCUUUCAUUUCCAGUCUGUCAUCAUCAUGCUAGUUUUAUAGAAAUGUCAUUUGGUUAUCUUUUUAUUUUCUGCAGUUAACUUUAGUUGAGAUUGAGUUGAGAUAAAAUUUUCAUCUUCUCUAGCAAUUUUACAUUGUUUGGUUAAACUACCUGACAUAAUCCAGAUACACUUUAAUUCAUUCAGUUGUACAGUAUUUAUGUGAGGCAAACAAGAUACAUGCAUAAGAUAAAGGACAUAAUUCCAUAGGAACAUGUUCAAAGUUUUACUAUGCAGCGCUUAAUGUAUACCUGAAUGAGGUAAUCAUCACUAGGCAGUCAUUGUUGAUAAAAUGAGAAUCACUCUUUUAAAGAAACAUAAAUUCAGAGUAUGUGAGUAGGAAAUGUAUGAAUUAACUGGUGUAAAAUUUAUAAUCUAGGUUAAGAAAAAUAGUACAGUAUUUUGUUGUUAUACAUAUACAGAGCAAAGAGUUAUAUGGAUUGUAAUUGUCCAACCAUCUCUCUUUCCAUUAAACAUUGGUUAAUUUUUUAGGUCAGUUUUCAGAAUUAGAGCAGGCAUAUUUACUCAUUUCUUCAAAGCUCUUUCUUGAAUGAGUUCUCAUAUUAAGAGGAUGUAAACAAAAGUAUGUGAUAAAAUAUUCCAAUUCAAAACUGAUGGUUUAGUUUAAGGAAGCAGGUGUAUUUGCUCCCUAUACAAUAAGCAUAGUGUAAGUUUAUUACAUGUGCUAUUAAGCUGUUUAUGUAACUUUAGUAUUUCAUUCAGGUUACAGCAGUAUUUACCUCUUGAAUGUACAGUCUUUUUGUUAUUUCCUGUACAUAAAGGAUGCCAGCCUUCUAACUGAUUCUUCCACCUGAGGAGAUGAAUUGUCUUUACUUCACCAUCGCAAUGUUAGAUGCUAGACAGUAAUUCAUUUGAAUGACCAUGUAUACAUUUGAGUAAGCCAUGUGUCAUAAGGAAGACUACUCUGCUUUGAAUAUAGGAUAAAAAGGCAACCACUUGUGAAUAUGUGAUAAAUUAACAAAUGCUCAUAAGUUAGAUAAAAGCUCCCUAAGAAUAUUAGUGCCAACUUCGGUUUAUAUUUUUGUGCCAGAUACUUGGACUGUUUUUUUUUUUUUUCUUAACACUUCUUGUUGUUAUGUAUCAUUCCCUCCAUAUCACAGCAACAAUUCCCUGAUAGCUAACUCACACCCGACUCAUGAUAGUGUUACCUAACAUUUGCUAGAUAAUAUGUGAAUUAUUCUCAACUCAAUCUCAAAUGAAAGUCAGCUGAAGAAAAUGUAAUCAUUGUGUAAGAUGGAAAUACCUGAAAAUUAUCUGGUACCUUUUAUCAGAAUGUUAUUGGAUAUACAUUAAUUGCAAACCAAUGAAAUGUUAGCAGUUUCUCAAUCAAAAAGUCUUUGUUUAGAGCUGAGAGAAUGUUAACCAUCAUAAUGAUGAUACUAUGAUAGUAGUAGACAUUGUUUGUGGAGUAAGACACCUUAAUGAUUUAUCAUGAUAGCUGUAGCCAAUGUUUGUAGAAUAAUAAUGGAUAGGGCUUUGUUAUUGGUCAGAUGAAACAUUUUUGUGCAGCCCUCAAAAGUUCCAUAUAUAGUCAGGGGUCCAAGGUAAGGUAUUUAUUGUCAGAUGUGGUAUGGAAGGUAACAUCAUCUUGAUGUGGACAUGUGUUACCUUAUGCAAGUCAGAGGAAUGUCUUGUGGAACAUCUUUCAAAUUAAUUAGGUCUGCUUGGCUGCUUUUUGGCUUGGUGGUGGAACACUGAAAAUAGCUUUAAUCAUGUGUAGUUAAGAUUCAACCAAGUACCUAUUGGCUAGCCUUAUCACAUUCGUUAAAUGAUAUUAAUCAGUUCAUAUAGCAUGUCAGUGUGUAUCGCCAUAAAGUUUUGGCAUAGAACUCCACACUAAUUGUGGGAUUGAGAUGAUAGUCCUUGCUUCUCUUUUUUAAGGUGGUAGGACGUAUAAAGAGAACUGUUCACUACAGGACAGUUGGUCUGGAUUGUGCAAUUAAUUAAAAGGAUACUGGGAUACUGGUCACUACAUGUGGGGAUUUACAACUUAUCAUUUAGGUUUAUCUCUAUGCUCAGGUAGAUAGAGAAGCGCCCUUGACUUCUACUCUCUCUUUUUUUCAGAUAUGAAUUGUAACCCCGUUUAUGACUUUAGAAGAAAAUAACCUUUUCUUACCAAAGUAAUAUACCUUCAAUUCUUUCAUGUUGCUUGUGUGUAUAACUGGCAUCUGUGCCUACUUUUGCUGUCUUUGACUGUUGUGUCUUGUCUCUGCUGCUCACGGCACCAAAGCUGGUCUUCUUAUUCAUUGCUCUAAAUGAUCUUUGUUGUGUUUAUUUUGACUAAUGUUUAAUCUUCUUAGCUUCUCAGCAUUUGCCUAACACAUUGAGCUUAUAUUAGGCAUUCAAUGUAAUAAAUAGUAUUUGUUAUUUUGUUUGUCUCAUAUUCUGGGCAACUGUUAUACUUUGCUUUGUUAUUUUCUUAUUUAUUUGUAAAAAAAAAAUAAUAAUUUUUAUAUUUUACAUUUUUCAUUAUUGGAUUUGUAUGGCUUCUGUCAUUUUUGUAUAGUUGCUAUUUUUAAUAGUAAUUUACAAGAUUUGUCUGCCAGCCAUUAGCCCUAGUAAUUCCUGUUCUUCUCUUGCUUCACUGACUUUUGUUGCUUCUCCAACCAGCACGAGUUCUUUCAGUAUGUACUGACCUCAGUACAUACACAUUUCAGCAUAUUCUGACCUUAGUACAUGUAUAUUUGAGUAUGCUCUGACAUCAGUACAUACAUUCUUUAGUAAGCACUGACCUCAGUGCAUACAACCUUGAAUGUAUAUACUGAUCUUGGUAAAUACUAACUUUAGCAUGUACUGACCUCAGUACCUUAACUCUUUCAGUAUGUAUUGACUUCAGUACAUACAUAGAUCAUAUGUACUGAUCUCAGUACAUACGCAGUUCCACAUUUCAGUAAAUGUAUGCAAAUGGUCAUAAUUGUGUGAAGAGAUAUUUACUAAAGAGAGAUCCCUACAAGGUGGUCCUAUAUUUUUACAUGGCAUUCUAGUCUUUCAUUCUAACCAAUAGUUCAGAAGUGUGCAUGUCUUUGCCUUGUGUUAUAUUACAGUACUAGUUGUUUGUAUCAUGGUUCAUGGGGUAUAUUAAAGUGGAUGGCGAGAGGCAAAAGCAUUAUUUGUAUACUGUACUGUGAUAAUGUUGAGGUUUGUAUGGUUGAGUUAUUAAUUAGGAUUUACAGUUAAAUGCUUGGUGUAAUAACAUCAUGUGCAGGUUCAGGGGUUGAGCACUACUGAAGAGCAUCUCAUAUAUUGGAUAUCUAAAUGUAAAAAUGUUAAUAUUGUAUGUAUUGGAAAUUAUCAGCACUGUCAACCAGUUCUAGGUCCAUCUGGUUUGUUUUGCCUUUCGUCAUAACAAUAACCACUGAUUGUGCAGGACACUUUGGCUGUUGUAGUGCUUUUGUGAUUGACAUUAUCAUAGAGGAGCUUGGAAACAUUCACAUAGGUUAGUUUCCUUUCAAUGUUGUAUUUCAUAGCAACCAUCAUGACACUGGUAACUGCUUUUAUUUUAGAUUAUCCAUAGAUGGAUUACUUCCUGUGGAAAGAGCAAUCAUAACAUAUAUUGCUUACAAACACAGGCAGAUGGGACUAAUGUUUCAGCAACAUUUUUAUUUAUUUUUUUUAUGCUCGCUUUCAGUCCCUCUAGAUAUACAGUGUUCUCUCGGUAUCCAUUCACUGGUUGCUAUGCUCAUGUUGUUGACAAAUGGAACACAAGUAUUUAGGACCACAGUACAUUUAUAUUCUGUCCAAAGUGAGAGGGGUCCAUAUACAGUGUUUGUCACUUUUAUACUUAGCCAGUUAUUCUUCAGUGACACAGGUAGGAUUCGUUUACUCAUUAUGCAUAACAUGCUCAUGUAAUAUCUUUUUUAAGAAAUGUAUCUUGCGAACUACUUUUUUUUAAGAAAUGUAUCUUGUGAACUCCAAUUUUUUUGUUUUUGUUUUACACAUUUAGUAGAAGAUGCAUGGGACUACUGGCAUGAAGAGUGUCUCAAAUUUACUGCUUCCUUAUUCUGCUGGUACAGACUCAUCCCCUCACACUGAACUAAUUUGUGCUGUUUCUUAGAGCAGAGAUGGUCAUGUAUUGUUCAGAAACCUGUAUUCAUAUUUAGUUCCAUUUGGUGGAAAUUUAAAUCAAAACCUCCAAUGUUGCCUUGAUGGAAGGACCCAUAGGACCUUCAGCACAGUUUUUGCUGUGGAAUGUAUGCUGGGGAAAAUUUACCCGUUUAUGGGGUGUGACCUCAGUGUCCACAUGCUUCUUUGUUCCUGCUUCCUGUCUUGGUGACUUAUAAAAAUGAGUUUUGUAAUGGCAUAGAACAGAAUUAUUGCCCACCUUUGCUCAUAGCUCAUAAGAUAUUAGUGUCAAUGAUGGUGUAUUUGGUGAUUUGCAGUACUGUAUCAGUGUAGUUAUUUCAUAUGUAUAUAGAUCAUUUUUUACAACCAAGGACGACAUACUUUGUUUGGAAACAUUUUUUAUUUCCAACAUGUGGAGGAUUCAUAUGGGAUUAGGUCAGCGAGUACUACAACAUGAAGACUAAGGUUCAGAGUUUGUACACAUGAACAAAAGGACUGAAUCUUGGUGGGACUGAAAAAGUCAGUAAUUGCUGAUCCUCUCACAGAUUGUAUCUUGUAGCAUCGUAGAGCUUGCUGUUUUCAGUAAAUCUGGAUAUACUGUACAAGCACAUAACUGUGAUUUAAAAAAAUUGUAAGAGUUGAUUUUCUUGUCAAAAGAAGUUUCACUUAUGGAAAUAAUCACUUAAAAUAAAAAAUAAAUCCAGAUUUGCUUUGCUGUAUAUAGUAUUUAUUCACAGGAAGCUUACACUAGUUGCUGCCACAGAUGCAGAUUAAUAUAUUUAUCUUAAACUUUAUUAAUGAAACUAAAUAUGGAGAAAAUUUUAAUGUUACUUGUAAUGUAUUUUUAUUUUUAUUACUUUUUUUUUACAUUUUGACAUAAUUAAUGGUACUAUAUUGAUAGAGAAGGAUUUGGAUAAAUUUAAAUAUCAGUGAAACCUGAAUAGAAUAUUGAACAGGAAAUUGGUCUGUAAUGAAAUUAAACUGUUAUUUUAUAAUACUGUAUAAUUUUGAAGGGCUAAACAUGAUUGACCCAAAUUCUUUUGCAUAAGCAUGAAGGAGUGGGAAGAUUUAAUGAUGCUGUGGCAAGAAGAUGUAGCCACUGUCAUGAUGAGGACCCCAGACUAAGAUACUGUUCAUGAUUUUGUUGGAUUCUUGUGAAAUUAGGAAAUGAGAUGAGUACAGUAUUUUGUUUACAUAAACACACACACACACAUACGUACAUACACUUUCACUCAUACACACACUAAUCAUUGUAUAAAUGUAAUAUAUGCACAUAUACAGCUUAAGUGUAAUGCUGAAUAUGCAUCCUGUAUGUUGCAUAUAGUGUAUAUUCAAUUUAUGCAGUACAUUGUAUAUAUGCAAAUAUGCAUAUAGCCAUACAUAGAUACAUGGAACAGUAACAUUGUUCUCACCUUAAAUAUUGAGAGAAUUGCAAGAUGUUACAUAUAACUUCCCAUAUGAUGCAUUUCUCAAAGUAUCGUGAUAUGUGCAGUAACAUUAUUAUAGGCAGAUAAAUAUUAUAGUCUGCAUAACUAGCAGCAACAUUUUUGGUACGUGAGUGUCUCACAUAAAAAGCUGCUAAAUGUGACUUUACACAAUAAACAUUUACCAAUA